GCAUUUGGCAUCUGCUUCCUUCCUUCCACGCCAAUAAUAUAUACCACCACCCUGCACGCGCCCACAGCUCUGCAAAGCAGGAGCGGCAGCAGCUAAGCAAAGCUAGGCUAGCGCGAUGUCGUCGUGGGCGCAGCACUCGCGGCGGGGCUGGAGGCACGGCUGGGCGGCGCGGGCGCUGUCGUCGGCGACGCUGCCGCCGUGGCGCCUGCUGGCCUUCUUCGCCAUCGUCGUCUCAUUCCUGGCCACCUCCUCCUACGUGGACUACAGAGCCGUGGAGCGCCGGGCCGAGAUCGGCGCCCGCGUCUUCGCCGCGCCGCUCGCCGCCAUGGCCGCCUUCCUCCUCUUCGCCGCGCUCGGGUACUGGCGCCGCCGCACCCGCUGGGCGCACCGGCGCCACGCCGUGAACGCCCAGCCGGCCGUGGCCUCGUCGCAGUCGUCGGGCGCGUCGCCGUGGGGCGUGGCGGCGAUGGUGGCGGUGCUGCUGGUGAUGGUGACGUUCCAGCCCUGCGUCCACUCCAUGUGGUUCAGGCCGCUCUGGAGUUCAGACUACAGCUAGCUCCUGGCUCAUCGGGUACUCUCUCCGUACGUGUGUAGUAGUAGUACUACUGUCAGUGUUCAUAAAAGUAGCUACGUGCUUGAGAUAUGUGUUUGAUCGUUGUGUAACCUCACGGUAUUAGUUGAAUUUCAUACGCCUACAUUUCCGUGUGAUUAUAUUAUGUAUGUUUGCUUCAAAUUAUGAGGGAAUAUCCUCACGGUAUUCUCAUCUUGUAUAAAAUCUCACCUAAACUA